GAACGGUCUGCUCGGGCCAGGAGUCCAGAGUAAAGCUCAGUAGGCAUCGCGCCCAUAGGCCAGUCACUUCACUCAGUGGCUGCUACCGCCGACGCGGAAGAAAAGAACCGCCAGCCUGGAUCGGAGGCGGGCACAACGAGGUGGAGCUCGACCUGCCCUGAUAGCCAGAACGGUACCUCGUCAGCCCAGGGCCUAUUCCACCCCCGGCGGCUCCGCAGACACACGGAGCGCGGCGCAAACACAGGAGCAACGGAGGCGCGCGACCGACCCGGGUUUUUUCACACUCAGUGUGAAACACACAGAUAGAGAAGAUGACUGAGGACGCAGUCUUUGGUAGGCGCAACGCCCUUACCAGAUCCCCACCACCGUCAGCACCUGCGAAAGCUCAGGGCUCGAGCAUGUUCAAGCCCGGCCCGGGUGGCAAAGAGAAGGAGCGACCGCACUCUGACCCAUUAGAGCUGCUAAAAAACCUGGGUACUCGGGCCAAUGAGCUGGUCAAGAGGAUGAACGACCAGCGGCAUGUGGACAACGUGAUGAAAGAUUUAGCCCUGAGAGUGGUAACCCUUCAGGCCCUGGUGGUCAACAAUUUCGAGAAGCUGCACACCAGGACAAUUGAGACCGCCACUACUGGUACCCAAACAGCUGCGAAGGCGCCGCACACCGGCUCAAAGAGGCUGAGCGAGUCGCCUCAAAUGGCUGCGGAGCCCACAAAGAGGCAGAGAGGCACAAAGCUUCAACAAGCGUCGACCCAGCUCAAACCGCCGGCGCAGUCCCAGGAUGAACUAACCCCCUCGGGUACAGUGGACCAUGGUGCCACCCCAGCCGCUAAGAAACAGCUCAAGUGGCAGCAGGUGGGCCCUAGGGUAAGGAAAAAAAGGGAGCCCCGUGAGCGCGAGCCAAGGCCAGACGCAAUAAUCAUUCAACCCCAGGGCGAGCUUAGCUAUAGCGACAUCCUCCGUAUGGUCACCAGGCGCCAGGAUGGCAAGCGACCUUCAGGAGGUAGGGGAUAAUGUUAACAGAAUCCGGAGGACGGCAAAGGGCGAGCUGCUGCUCGAGCUCAACGGCGCCAGCAAAAGCAAC